AUGGAAAUUCAGUCACUGUCAGCUCAACCUCAUGGCAAUGAAAAGUUGGGUAAAGCUUCCAAGUCCACAAAACACUCCCAGUUUCACGGACCGUCUUCACUGUCCUUCUGUUGCAGCCACCCUCUGCCCAAAGCUGUUCUGCUGCUUUGCAAGGCGGUCCAGAUGAGUCUGUCCCCUCUGAAAGGAGAGGGGGCGAUAGCCUGCCUGUCCCACUGCGACAGAGCCAGCAGCUACCUGCGCUCCAGCAUCUCGGUGCCCGUCGCCCAGACUGGGAACUGGCUGAACAAGGGGGUGGAGCUCCUCAUCUGUGACCUUCUGCUGACUCUGAGGACCAGUUUAUGGCAGCGAGGAGGCAGCAGUAACGGGGAACCUGGACUGGCUCCUGGAUCCCAGUUGGCGGGUUUCCAGAGGGACCUCAGCGCGCUCAGAAAGCUCACACAGUGCUACAGACAGGCGCAACACAAGGUACAACGUGACGAGAUCAAGUGUUUGGAUUUUCUUUUU